CGCUCCGAAUACAACGGCACGCGCUCCGAGUACAACGGCACGCGCUCCGAAUACAACGGCACUCGCUCCGAGUACAACGGCACUCGCUCCGAGUACAACGGCACGCGCUCCGAGUACAAUGGUACAUGGCAUGAUGGUGACUUCAACGGCACUCGCUCCGAGUACAACGGCACUCGCUCCGAGUACAACGGCACUCGCUCCGAGUACAACGGCACACGCUCCGAGUACAACGGUACAUGGCAUGAUGAUGACUUCAACGGCACGCGCUCCGAGUACAACGGCACUCGCUCCGAAUACAACGGCACUCGCUCCGAAUACAACAGCACGCGCUCCGAGUACAACGUCACGCGCUCCGAGUACAAUGGCACGCGCUCCGAGUACAACGGCACGCGCUCCGAGUACAAUGGUACAUGGCAUGAUGGUGACUUCAACGGCACUCGCUCUGAGUACAACGGCACUCGCUCCGAGUACAAUGGCACUCGCUCCGAGUACAACGGCACGCGCUCCGAGUACAACAGUACAUGGCAUGAUGGUGACUUCAACGGCACUCGCUCUGAGUACAACGGCACUCGCUCCGAGUACAAUGGCACUCGCUCCGAGUACAACGGCACGCGCUCCGAGUACAAC